AUGUCUCUGGCUGGCGCAGCAGGCACCCAUGGCGAUGAGCACUUCCCCGCCCCGGCCCUGGGAGGCAGCCUGCUGCCCAAGGAGCCCGGGGGCAGCCCCAGCCUGGCCGACCUGCCCAGGGAUGGCAACGCCUCCGAUAAGAGCGUCGAGUACAGCAGAUCUCAGUGCUCCUGCAGCCUAAUUUCUUAUUAUGAUUACUCAGAAGACUUUCUCUCCGACUGUUCAGAAACACCCACUAAUGAAAACAGCCACUAUUUAGAGAAGCCUGUGAUAGAGGAAAAAAAGGAGAAGAAAGACCACGUUUCUGAACUCUUCCAGCCUAAAGGCCAGAAGGAAAUCUCGGUUGAAAAAAAGCAGAAGUGGAACGCAUCCCUUUUAAAUUCCAAAAUCAACACGAUCACCCAGAGGAGAGAGGCCAUGACUCAGCGCGUGCUCUCAGCCCGGCUCCGUAAGAUCAAAGAGUUGAAAAACGAAUUGAGUGACAUUCAUCGGAGGAUGGAGGCCACGGCCCUGGAGAACCAGCUACUGAAGCAGCUUGAGAUUAGGCACCUGAAAGCUAUAGGCAGAUAUGAGACUUCCCAGAAUAAUGUCCCCCAGAUCAUGGCCAAGCACCAGAAUGAAGUGAAAAGCUUGCGGCAGCUCCUGAAGAAGUCCAAGGAGAAGGAGAGGGCCGUGUCCCGGAAGCUGAAGGAGACGGACAGCAAGCUGCUGAAGACCAAGGACGCGCUGCAGGCGCUGCAGAGCCUCUCGGAGGACCGCAGCCUGGCCCAGCGGGAGGAGCUCACCGAGCGGCUGGCCGUGCUCACCGCCAAGAUGGAGGCCAACGACAAGCAGAUCCAGAACUUGGAGAAGCAGCUGCGCCUGAACACCAAGGCCUUCAGCCGGCAGCUGGCCAUCGAGAACCAGAAGACGCUGGCCGCCCAGACGGCCAAGGAGACGCUGCAGGCGGAAGUCAAGCUCCUUCAGCAAAAACUGAAGGAGAAAGAUCGAGAGCUUGACAUAAAAAACAUCUAUACUAAUCGGAUAGUGAAAAAUUUACAUGACAAAGAAGAGUAUCCAAUAGUUUCUUCAACAAAAUCCGUGCAGACAGACAGGAAAAGUGUUCCAUUUCCCAGUACGAGACAACAGGGCACCCAGAAAUCAGAAGACGUGUCGUCUUUGACUAAGGGUAAAAAGACAGCAGGAAACACGGGUCAUAAAGAAAAAGCCACUGGCCUAGUCCAUGUCAUUCCUCACAGUGGCAGUAAACUAGCAAGCCAGGAGGAGUCCAAGAGAAAAUAUGAAGAUUUAUCAAAGGAAGAGGAACACCCGAGAGUACCAGCAGCCCUGGAGAACACUGGAAGACAGAGGGAGAGACAAGCGGAUCAGAAGAGAACCACGUUAGAAAAGGAACAAGAACUGCCGUCCAAAAGAAUCCAGGUCUCUCACCCUGAGCGGGGAAGCCAGCAGGAAAACGAUGCGAAAGAAGAGCUGGAAAAGGGCGACAUGGACGAGGCACCGAGUAGGAGGGCCCAGAACGCCAAGGCACGCCUCCGGCAGAGAAAGCAUUACCUGUUCACGGAGGCCACGGAAAACCUGCAUCACGGGCUGCCCGCCUCGGGUGGGCCGGCCAGGCCAGGCGUCUGGAGGUGCAACCACAGCACAGGCCGACGGCUGGCGCCCAGGCCUGCUGGGUGCGGGUACGAGCCCUCCUUCGGGAAUCCCCCCAGAGCAAAGGCGAGAGACGCGGCCUUCAGAGAAAAGAAGAGCCAUCUGCUGGAGGAGCUCUUUGGGUCAGGCCGCGUCUUUAAAAACGGCCCCGAGAGCGCUGCCCACGAAGGGUCUGAGGAGGCUUGGAAAAGUAAGAAGAUGCAGCAGCCGCCCCCGAGUCAGGCCUCUGCCCGCAAUGCUUUUGGAGAUUCUAAAGUAACUGUGGCGAAUUCUGUUCAGCCAUCAUCACCGACAGAAGGAAAAGUGAAGAUAAUUAUUUAA